AGAGAGAAGCGGAAAAGGGAAAGAGGAAGCUCACGUGAAAGAGAGGAGACUUGACUGCUGGAGCCAAGGUGGAAAUUUGUAUUCCCUUCUUGCAGAGAGGUACACAAGAUGUUUACCAUAAACGUUAUCUGAAUUUACUCUUCAGUUUUCAGACGGAGCACCACAAUGACUUCAGCUUGUUGGAUCCUGAAAGCCUGUACAAGGAGAAAUUGGUGUAACGGACGAAGUUUUCUUAUUGAACAAAGAAAUGGAUUCAGACGUGCACCAAAGAAACCAGAGGGAACGGAAACUGAGUUAAAGAAUAGCCAUGGUACCCCAAGUCGAAGUAGUUUUACUCCUCCGAUCGCAGAACCAGUUCACCCUGCUCGUAUACAUAUAGCGAAGCAACUUUACAAGCCGUUUCUAUUUACUGUUGGGUUUUCAGGAUGCUCUUUUGGAAUUGCGGCCAUUUGGCAGUACGAAUCCUUGAAAAGCCGUAUGAACCAUUACCUUGAAGAUAUCCGAGCAGAUUGGCUAGAAAAGAUAAGGCCUCCAAAACAUGGGAACUUUAGGAAACAGGUGAAUGAAUGGUGGAACAGUCUUAGCGAGGGACAGAGGACUGUAUCAGGUAUUAUUGCUGCUAAUGUAUUGGUAUUUUGCCUUUGGAGAGUUCCUUCCAUGCAGCGAACAAUGAUCCGAUACUUCACAUCCAACCCUGCAUCUAUGUCCACCUGCUUGCCAAUGACUUUAUCUACAUUUAGCCACUUCUCCUUUUUCCAUUUGGCUGCAAAUAUGUAUGUCCUGUGGACAUUUUCCUCCAGUAUUGUCUCCAUUCUGGGCCAAGAACAAUUUUUGGCUGUCUAUGUGUCGGCAGGUGUUAUAGCUUCAUUUGCAAGCUAUGUCUCCAAAGUAGCAACAGGACGGUUUGGACCAUCCCUCGGAGCUUCUGGUGCAAUCAUGACAGUUCUAGCUGCGGUGUGUACAAAGAUGCCUGAAGCCAAACUAGCCAUCAUCUUUCUUCCAAUGUUCACAUUUACUGCUGGAAACGCUCUCAAGGCUAUCCUUGCCUUAGAUGCAGUUGGUGUGGUUUUGGGCUGGAAGUUUUUUGACCAUGCAGCACAUCUUGGUGGAGCUCUGUUUGGAAUCUGGUAUGCCUUAUAUGGACAUGAGCUCAUCUGGAAAAAGAGGGAGCCUUUUGUAAAAAUGUGGCACGAGUUCCGAAGCAAGCCCCCAAGAGAUGGAGGAACCUGACUUUAAUCCAGAACAAAAAUAUAAUCGCACUUAAAUUGCAGACAACAGACUGGCAUCUUUAGGACUUUAGCAUUCUGACUUUUAUUAAGACAAGUUGAUAGAAUUUGGUGUUUAAAAUUCAGUAAAUAUGUCAUGUAUAAUGUCCAGUGAACAUCUCUAUUACAAAAAUAAGAGCA